UCUGAUAGAUUUUUGCGCGUAACUUUCAUGGACGAAAGCAUGCAGACCAUGAACUCAAAUGUUCUUUCUUACUUUGUUGCUCCGAUUGUGAAGGACCUUACAUCAAGCUCUUUCUCUCAGAAGACCCACGUUUUCAAAAGAGUCAAGACCAUAUUAACCGAUGGGUUUAAACUAUGUGGUAGAAGAUACAGUUUUCUAGCAUUCUCGGCCAAUCAGCUCAGAGACCGCUCUGCAUGGUUUUUCGCUGAAGACGGGAAAACAAGAGUGUCGGAUAUAAAGACAUGGAUGGGGAAGUUCAAAGACAAGAAUGUGGCAAAAUGCGCUGCUAGGAUGGGCCUGUGCUUCUCCUCCACAUACGCCACUGUAGAUGUCAUGCCUCACGAGGUUGACACCGAGCUUCCAGAAAUAGAGAGAAAUGGGUAUACUUUCUCUGAUGGAAUUGGUACAAUCACACCUGACCUCGCUUUAGAAAUAAUGGAGAAACUUAAGUUGGAUUCGCACUGCAGCCCUUGUGCUUACCAGAUACGUUACGCCGGUUUCAAAGGAGUUGUUGCUCGUUGGCCAUCAAAAGAUGAUGGGAUCCGGUUAGCCCUUCGACACAGUAUGGAUAAGUUCCACUCUAAGCAUACAAUCUUGGAGAUCUGUUCAUGGACCAGGUUUCAACCUGGGUUCUUAAACCGGCAGAUAAUUACCCUCUUAUCUGUGCUUGGUGUUCCAGACGAAAUAUUCUGGGAUAUGCAGGAAACUAUGCUCUGUAAACUGAACCGCAUCCUUGAUGACACCGAUGUCGCAUUUGAAGUUCUUACAGCAUCAUGUGCUGAACAGGGAAACACUGCAGCUAUCAUGCUAAGUGCAGGAUUCAAACCAAAGACUGAGCCACAUCUACGAGGAAUGCUGUCUUCAGUCAGGAUUGCACAACUCUGGGGUCUCAGAGAAAAAUCUCGUAUUUU